GAAGGAACGCGGUUUCAUGGACAACUUAACAGGCUAAACUUUACUCCACCGGUUUAACGCUGCAGCCGUCAGGUUUUUCUCAAUUUAAAAAGCCCUCGUAUAAGUGGAGUAAUGCCUCUCCUGAAGAAACCGCGGAAAACUGAGCCGCUUGUAAAAGUAGUGGAGAAAAAAGCUCAGAAGAAUGGUCUUCACCAUACCGUCUACAGCCCGAACGGAGACCGAUACACCGGAGAGUGGCGCGAGAACAUGAGACACGGGGAGGGAACACAAGUGUGGAAGAGAGCCGGAGCUGUGUAUGAAGGUGAAUGGAGACAGAAUGUGCGUGAUGGAUACGGGAUGCUCAGCAAACUGCAGCCAUCAACUAAUGAAUAUGUAAAAGUUUAUUCAGGCACAUGGAGAAAUGAUAAGAAAGGGGGGUUUGGGACACGUUUCUACAGCUCGUCAGUGCGAUAUGAAGGGGAGUGGGUGGAGAAUGAGAGAAGCGGAUGGGGGAGGAUGACUUAUGAGAAUGGAGAUGUGUAUGAAGGAGAGUGGCUGAAGGAUAAACCCCACGGUCAGGGCGUGCUGUGGCUCGUGAAUGAGAACAGGUAUGAGGGCAGCUGGAAGGACGGGAAGAAACAUGGACACGGACGCUUCUUCUACACCGACAGGGGUCAGCUGUACGAGGGCUUCUGGGUAGACGAUGUGCCAAGGUGCGGGACAGUGUGUGAUUAUGACAGGAAGAAUGCACACACACCGCCGAUGCACCCCAUCCCACCGGUGAUGCUGCAGGAUGUUCAGUCAGUACUGAUAGAGGGAUGCAGCCGUUUCUGUGCCAGCAGAGAAGAUUGAAAAAUCAGCUGGUGAAUCCUGCUGUCUGUCUGUGUAAAUUCCACAAUGUGUGCAGCCAUGAGAACCGGACCAUGCUCCUUUACACAUUCAUAUAUUUGUGCGAGAGUUACUACACUAAUAAUGGACCAAUAGUGUGCAUUAAAACGUAGCUUCUGUAAAAUUAGCAAAUGUCACAUUGGCAAAUUUAAUACCCAACAUGCUAGAUUUACAGUAGCUACAUUUUCAUGGACACAAAUGGUCCGUUAUUAAGGUAGUGACUAAAUUUAGCAAAAAGUUACAUUGGCAGUUUUAAUACAUAACAGGAUCAGCAGCCAUAUUUUGUAAGUCAAUACAAAAAAGGUAGUGUAAUUUUGCCUCACACAAGAACAGGAAAUCACAGACAUGCUUUUUCUUUACAGCUCCAAGAAUAUAAAAUGAGUAUAUGCUAUAUAUAUAUAUACACAUACAUACAUGU